CGAUGACAUCUUUUCUUUCUUGAAUGAGGGAGAGAGAGAGAGAUUCACUCAUUGGAUUUUUGGUUGGUUUGACUGCUCCAUUCCUAUGGACCCCCACCCCACCCCCACCUCUGCAAUCUUGCUUUUUUCUUCCUCAAUAAAACUUGCUCUUUGCUUUUCUCCAUUUGCGUAUUUUGACUCGUUCUUUUAGGGCUUCUCUAUUCCGCAGAGAUCGAUUACAUUGUACUGGCAGCUUUCUCAUCCGCAAAGAUCCAGUCUUUAUGCUUAAAGAGACCUCAAAAUCAGUUAGAUUUGCUGAGUGUUCAGGCCAAACAGGCUGGUUAGUCCUGGCUGCUAAGUAAAAGUUUGGGCUGAUGAUGGGGUGUUUCACUGUUUUGAAGAGUAAAAAGGAAAAGCCAGACAAGAAUAGGACUAGCCAUGCCAAACGCGUUAAUCCUCAAGAACAUUCACCUACCGUGUUGCCCGAGCCCCAGACACGAACACGGGCAUUCCGGUCUGCCCCACCAAGCUUUAAAACUAGAGUGCGCUCUUCCCCAUCAGGCAUGGACGAAGCAGAACAAGACACCUUCAUGUCAAAUGAUCCUCAACCUCUUCCUCUCCCCUCACCGCAAAAUACUGCCUCGCUGAAGACUAUGGGAAGCUUUAAAAUUAUGAAUUCAAGUGGACGCUUCAAUGCUUCCUCGGGCCCACUUCCACUGCCUCCCGUGUUGUCUUCUGCAGGAAACCUCCGGAACUUUUCUUAUGAAGAGAUUGCAGCCGCCUGCCACAACUUCACCUCUGGGUUAUGCACGUCGGAAGGUCUUUCUUCUAUUAUCUACAAUGCUUCCUUUGGGGAUGAUGCAAUGAAGUUUGAUGCAACUGUCACUCUUCUCAACCCAUCUUCUCAGGGAUUCAAGGAAUUUGUGACUGAAGUUAACAGACUAGAUUCACUGCAAUGUCCUUCACUCUGUAAACUAAUUGGUUUUCAUGCAAGGGAAGGAUCAGUGCUGAGGAUGUUGGUUUAUGAACGGCUUUUCCACGGAAGCUUAGACGGGCUCCUAUUUGGCAGAUCUGGUGGCCCUCCCUUGGACUGGAAUGCUAGAAUGAAAAUUGCCUUGUGUGCUGCACAAGGUCUCACUUUCCUGCACGAGGAAGGCCCUUUUCAGGCAAUGUUCCAUGAAUUUUCAACUGCAAAUAUACAGAUUGACAAGGAUUUUAGUGCAAAACUUUCAGGAUAUGGUUGUGUCACCCACAUUCAAGAGACCAGCAGCAUCUGUUCUAGUUCAGUUGGAGUCGCAAAUAUUUCAGCAGAAGCACUGGAGAGGGGUUUCCCAACUCCUAAGAGCAAUGUUUGGAGUUUUGGGAUAGUACUUCUCGAGUUGCUCACAGGCAGGAAGAAUCUGGACAGCGGUCAUCCCAAGGAAGAAAUGAAUUUAGUGAAGUGGGCCCGGCCUUUUCUAGCGGAUGAUUGCAGGCUAUCGCUUAUCAUGGACCCUCAGCUGAAAGGCCGGUUCCCAGCCAAAGCUGCCCGGACAAUUGCUGAUAUUGCCCAAAGAUGCCUGCAUAAGGACCCCUCAGAAAGACCCAUCAUGAGAACCAUAGUAGAGCAACUCAAGGCUGCACAAGACAUGAAGUACCCUUCCCUCUUUCCACUUGAGGAGCCGGUGAGAGUGAGCAUGAAGCACAUGUCGAAGUCUCAUAGUCUAAAUGGGAUUGUCUUUGCCCCUGCAAGACCAAGUCUUUCACCUUCACAGCCGAGCAGACAGCCCGUUUCUCCUCCAAGAAAAGCCGCAAUGCCCUUAUCUCUCAGAUCAAGAACCUUCUCCUCUAUCUCUUUGGAGGAGUUGCACCGGCUGGAGAGUCAGAGAUCUGGGUCUUCGUCCGUACGAAGAUCCAGUGUUGAAGGGUUUUGAUUGUUCAUAAACAAGUUCAUUUUUUUUCUCUUGGGAAGGAUUUCUGCUUUCCUCUAUUGGAAGGUGAUUCUGAAUGGAAUAUAGAAGAUAAAGAUCUGGAGAAUUUUAUGGGUCAAGCUAGCUUGCUUCAUAGUGUUUUCUUUCCUCCCACCAUGCCAUACUUCAAGUAUGAAACUAUGAUGAUGAAUGUCAUUACUAUGUAGAUAUAUAUAUGUAUACCCUUGGAUUUAAUUAGUUUUCAUCAUAUAAAGGAGGGAUUAUAUUCUCUCUUCUUGAUUGGUGCAAACUCACCGUGUAUUUGUAUAUGAUGAUGAUGAUGUUUUGGUUACUCUAUGGCUAAUUUUUGUUCC